UAAGAAAAAACAGAUAACUUUUAGAGAAAAAUGCGUUUGAGAUGAUCUUUGUUUCUCUCUUUCCUCUUUAACUACUAACUGAUCACUCCCUUUGCCAGAGAUCACUGUGUCUUCUUUCAUUCUUCAUCAUCACAACCACUGCUCUCGAAUCAUCACCAAUAUCUAUCAAAGUCCACAAGAGAGUAAGAGCAAAAGAGUGCGAGAGAGAGAAAACAGGAGAGAAAGAGAGCGAGGGCGAGAAAGACAAUGGAUGAAAAAGAAAGAAGGAAAGCUGAAGUGCGAGCUCGUCUCGAAGCUCAAGCUCGAAAGAAACGCGGUUUCAUGACCCCCGAAAGGAAAAAGCGACUGAGGAAUUUACUUCGACGUAAGGCAGCGGAAGCGCUGAAAAGGGAGCAAGAAAGAAAAGCUGAAGAGAGACGAAGGAUCAUCCGAGAACGCACUGGAGCCCAGAAAAAUUUCGAUUCGGUCAACGAAGCUAAUCUUCAAUCAAUCGUGAAAGAUUAUUAUAAAAGAAUUCAGGACUUGGAAAGUAAAAAGUGGGACUUGGAAAGGGCCACUCGAGUGAAAGAAAUCGAGCUUAAAGAAAUGCAGGAAAAAGUAAACGAUCUGAAGGGCAAAUUUGUCAUUCCUCCGUUGAAAAAAGUGUCGAAAACUGCGAAUCAAUUAGAGAAAAUUCGUAUGUUUACUGCUCGAGUUUCUCAGAUGGAUUAUCGUAAUCAAUUGAAACAAGUUCAGAAAAAUGAUUAUCGUCUCGAGGAUAACGACGAGGUCGCCAGCAAGACAUGCAAACCUGAAUGGGCUCAACCCAAAAGCAAAACAACAUCGGUAUCUGAGGCCAUUUCUGAGGCUGUUUCUGAGGCCGAGCAAGAUGAUUACUAAGUUUUCAACAAGACUGGACAUUACGCACUAAGUGUAUCUCGCUGCAAUCUCGCAACGAAAACAAUCAUUGUAAUCAACAUGAUAAAAUAUUGAUUAGUUAAUAAACAGAUUGUUUCGUCCAAUCA